UUCUCCAAUGAUACUUAAACACUUUCUCUUAAUUGUGUUCCGGGUUUUAUGUAGGCUGAGAAUUACUGCGAUAUAGGGAGAAUUAGAAAGUCGGAGCUAGCAGUGGCGAAGUAACAAGUCAGAUGACUAACAGUAGGCGGUGUUUGUAACCUUCUGGGCUUGCUAGUCAGGUGGCUGGUAUAUCAACAGGAGUUGUCAGCACGACUGGCAUUAGCAUGGGUUUCGCAGGUAUCACAUUUCCAAACGCUAACACAGAAUAAAAAAAUGAAAAUGUAAGGCAUGAAAAUGUCCCAGAAAGAAGUCAAAGAAGACAAAAAAACGCCUCACAACACCCAGCUAUAUGCUGAUGUUCCUUCAACAUGCUGGCCUAUAGUGUACUCUCCAGAAUACAAUAUUACAUUCUUGGGGCUUGAGAAAUUGCACCCAUUUGAUGCAGGGAAAUGGGGCAAAGUCAUCAACUUUCUGAAAGAAGAAAAACUUGUAACUGAUGAUACAAUUGUUGAGGCUCGAGAAGCGACUGAAGAGGAUCUGCUUGUAGUGCAUACAAGACGAUACCUAAAUAAACUGAAGAACCAUGUAUUGGAAGGCUGUCGAGAGUGGUCCUUUGUAGUGGCACACAUUACUGAAAUUCCACCGGUGCUGAUUCUUCCUAACUUUCUUGUUCAGAGGAAAGUGCUGAAACCACUAAGAACUCAGACAGGAGGAACAAUUAUGGCAGGAAAGCUUGCGAUCGAGCGAGGGUGGGCAAUCAAUAUCGGAGGUGGAUUCCAUCACUGUUCAAGUGACAAAGGUGGGGGAUUUUGUGCCUAUGCUGAUAUCACAUUGGCUGUUAAGUUUUUAUUUGAAAGGGUGGAAGGUGUUGCCAAGGCCACAGUUGUAGAUCUGGAUGCACAUCAGGGAAAUGGACAUGAGCGAGAUUUCAUGGAUGAUAACAAAGUCUAUAUUAUGGAUGUUUAUAACAGAUACAUAUAUCCAGGAGACGGAUUUGCAAAACGUGCAAUACGGCAGAAGGUUGAACUGGAUUGGGGCACUGAAGACAGGGAGUAUCUAAACAAGGUAGAAAAAUUCCUGGAAUGCUCACUAAAUGAAGUGCCACCAGAUAUCAUUAUUUACAAUGCAGGAACUGAUAUUCUUGAUGGUGAUCCACUCGGUGGUCUUGCUAUUUCUCCACAGGGAAUUAUCAGCAGGGAUGAAAUUGUAUUUAAGGCUGCAAGAACUCGCAAGAUUCCAAUCCUGAUGGUGACAUCUGGAGGUUAUCAGAGGAGGACAGCAAAGAUCAUAGCUGACUCUAUCCUGAAUUUGCACAGCCAUGGGUUGAUUGACAAACAGUUUGUUGGACAUGAGGCUGGAACUACAUUAUCUCUUUGAUGAUAAGGAAAUGUGCCUCCUUACAGUGCAGUUCUCAAGAGAGAAGGCUGGUUUAAAAUAUCAGCAUCCAGGGUUAAUACUUCUCUGUUAGUGCUGUAUCGAAUAGCAGAAAACAUAGUAGUUAAAUUGACUUUCUUUUGCAAUCCAUAAUAUUUUCUAAAAAUAUAUUUAAAAUGCUGCUAAUAGUAAAGAAAUCCUUGCUUAAUAUUAAAUGUAUCCACACAUUUCUGUGAAUACAAAUAUCAUACUGAAUAUAUUGUACAAUAUUGUGAUUAACUCUAUUGCCACUUAAUUUAUUGAUCUUCCUUCAGUCCAUGAGAAUUGCAGAUUUCAUUUACGUAUCAUAUUUAAUUUUUAAUCUACCAUUAAUUAAUUUAUUGAUCUUUCUUCAAUCCAUUAGAAUGGCAUAUUUUCAUUAACUGCCAUAUUUAAUUUUUUUCCUACCAUUAAUUAGUUAACAUUUUCAGGCUAAAUAUAGAAAUUUCUAGUUGAUUAUAUUUUUGUAUAUAUGUGUAAAUAGUAAUACACAUCAAUAGCUCUUAAAUGAUGUAACAGAAUUUUGUAUUUUUAACUUAUAGUAAACUCUGGUGCUGCACUGAUUGUAUCCCAGUUUUAA